AUGAACAGCAGUGGACCGACAUAUCCUCUCGCUUCUUUGUAUGUUGGGGACCUGCACCCUGAUGUUACAGAAGCCAUGCUUUAUCAGAAGUUUUCUCCUGCUGGACCCAUUAUUUCAAUCCGUGUGUGCCGUGACAUCAUCACCCGCAGAUCUCUGGGAUACGCCUACAUAAACUUCCAGCAACCAGCUGAUGCGGAGUGUGCCCUGGAUACCAUGAACUAUGACCUCAUCAAGGGUCGGCCAAUUCGAAUAAUGUGGUCUCAGCGUGACCCAGGUCUCAGGAAGUCUGGUGUGGGGAACAUCUUCAUCAAGAACAUGGACGAGUCUAUCGACAACAAGGCACUGUAUGAUACCUUCUCAACCUUUGGCAAUAUUUUGUCGUGCAAGGUUGUUUGUGAUGAGAAAGGAUCCAAAGGCUACGGCUUUGUUCACUUUGAAACUCAGGAGGCUGCGAACCGGGCCAUUGAAACCAUGAAUGGGAUGCUGCUAAAUGAUAAGAAAGUUUUUGUUGGUCACUUUAAGUCACGCAAGGAAAGAGAGAUGGAGUCUGGAAACAAGGCUUCAACGUUCACCAACGUCUACAUCAAAAACUUUGGUGAAGACUGCACUGAUGAGAAACUGAAGGACACCUUUUCUGCAUUCGGGAGAACACUGAGUGUGCGGGUGAUGAAGGAUGACAAGGGUCGAUCACGAGGAUUCGGCUUUGUAAACUAUGGCAGCCAUGAAGACGCUCAGAAGGCAGUUGAUGAAAUGAGCGGAAAGGAGAUCGAUGGGAAAAUCAUCUAUGUAGGGCGAGCUCAGAAGCGUCAGGAGAGGCAGGAAGAGCUGAAGCGCAAGUUUGAUCAGAUCAAACAGGAUCGCAACCAACGCUAUCAGGGGGUGAACCUGUAUGUGAAGAACUUGGACGACAGCAUUGAUAAUGACACACUUCGGAAGGAGUUUGCCCCUUAUGGCACCAUCACCAGUGCUAAAGUGAUGACAGAUGGCUCCCAGAGCAAAGGCUUCGGCUUUGUCUGUUUCUCUUCUGCCGAAGAAGCAACAAAAGCAGUCACUGAAAUGAACGGGAGAAUUGUGGCGAGCAAGCCGCUGUAUGUGGCCCUGGCUCAGCGGAGAGAGGAGCGCAAAGCAAUUCUUACUAACAAGUACCUGCAGAGACUUGCUACCCUGAGAUCGGUGCCCAGUCCAAUUAUCGACUCCUUCCAUCAGUCUGCAUACUACAUCACUGUACCACAGCCUCCCGCUCGCACCUUCUACAACCACAGUGGUGUCAGCAACAUGAGACCAGUCCCUCGUUGGACAGGACAACCACCGAGACCGCAGGGUCCUUACUCAACCCAGUUUCCAGGUGGUCCUGUUCCCCGACGUGGAUCCGCCUCCAUCACUACAGUCAGACAGGCUUCCACCCAGGCUCCACGUGUCGUAACCGCCACACAAAAGACAAACAACAUUGGCACCCAGACUGUAGGAGGGCGCACUGAUAUGCCUGCUGAGCACAGGAACAGCCAGUAUAAGUAUUACUCUGCAGUGAGGAACCCUCAGCAGAUUGUUACUGUACCUGCACCUAUGCCAAGACUACAGGUUGGUCCGGUGGCUGUCGUGGAGCCACCAGCACAUGUUCAAGGCCCAGAGCCGCUCACUGCCUCAAUGCUGGCUGCAGCACCACUUAUGGAUCAGAAACAGCUUCUCGGGGAGCGUUUGUACCCGUUGAUUCAUGGCCUACACCCAAACCUGGCUGGAAAAAUCACCGGGAUGCUGCUGGAGAUCGACAACACGGAGCUGCUGCACAUGCUGGAGUCGCCCGAGUCCCUGAACUUAAAAGUGGACGAGGCAAUCGCUGUCCUACAAGCUCACCAGGCGAAGCAAUGUUCUACUAAGAAGUGAAGAGGCCCUUCAGAUGUUAUGGACUUUCUGGAGGAGCAAAGAAAAUACAAAGUGUAAAAUUUUGGAAAAAGAAAAAGAUGGGGAAAAAA